AUGGGGAGCAGCGCUCUUCUUUCCGUGAGCACGGGACCCAAGGGGUGCUGGUAUGGCAGCACAGCAGGCGCACUACAAUACGACAUCAAGCAUCGCGCGACCACAGGCGUGGACGAAUCGCUGCACUUAGCUGCAGGACCGGAAAGGAGCAAGAUCGGCCGUAGGGCGGCCACCUUGUUCUGCGCGUGCUCUGCGGCAAGACGGACUUGA